GAACAUGGCUGCUUCACCAGAAAUUGUCGACGUUGUCAUCAUUGGAGGAGGAAUGUCAGGCCUUUCUGCAGCCUACGAAUUGCUGAAGAAACGCCCGAAAAUGAAGCUUGUAGUUCUCGAAGCUAAAGACAGAGUUGGUGGAAGACUUGACAGUGUGGAACUUAAAACUGUGAAAGGAACAGACAGAUGGGAUGUUGGAGGACAAUGGGUAUGUAGGAAUCAAAAGACUCUUAUGAGUCUACUUGAGGAAUUGGACAUUGAAGUGUAUAAUCAAUUGUACAGUGGAAGCAAAGUGUGGCACAGCAAUAAUAAUGUCAUUACCAAGUAUUCUGGUGAGAUUCCACCAGUGUCUUAUAUUGCAGUUCUUGACCUGUUGUGGUCCAUCUAUAAGGUUGAGAGGUUGUGCAAAGAAGUUCCUAUCGAUAAUCCUAGUAAGUGUCCUUGUGCUGAAGAAUGGGAUGGAAUGACUUUAGAGACAUGGAAACAUCAGACACUAUGGACAAAUGCUGCAAAAGAGUUAUUUGACAUAGUGAUUGGCAUCAUGUUCGGAGUAACACCAUCUCAGAUGUCCUUCCUGUAUUUUCUGCAUUACCUGAACUGUUCAGGGGGGUGGUCUAUUAUGACAGAUCCAAGUGUGAAGGGCCAUGCGCAGGAGUGGAAAAUUAAGGGAACUGCUCAUAAUGUAACUGAAGUACUUGCUGGCAGACUGGGAAAGGGCAGAGUUCUUUUAAAUCAGCCAGUCACAUCAAUAAAACAGGAAGAUGACCAUGUGAUGGUAACCAGCCUUGGUAGCCGGUCUUAUAAAGCCAAGUUUAUAAUUCUUGCAGUUCCACCUCAUUUGAUAGGUCAGAUCAAAUUUAGUCCACCCCUUCCAUACAACAAGCAGCGUCUUAUUCAAAACAUGCCUCCGUCGCAUUUGAUGAAGUUUGUGGCAACAUAUUCAACAGCCUUCUGGAGGAAGGCAGGGUUGUCAGGAGACAUGGCCAGAAACACAACUAAAGGUUUUUGUGAGAAUAAUCCUAUUGCAGUAACAUUUGAUGCAACAUCAUCUGAUGGAAACCCUGCAAUUGUUGGAUUUAUAACUUCGUAUGCAGCAGCUCAGUGGAGCACAGUAAUGGAUAAAAAUAAAAGAGAAGCAAUCCUUAAGGCUUUGAAAUUGUAUUUUGGUGAAGAAGCAGAGAAGCCUAUUGAUUUUACAAUAAAGGACUGGUCAAAAGAGGCAUGGAAUGGUGGAUGUCCAGUGAAUGUGAUGGUCCCUGGAGCAAUGACAAAUUAUGGAGACUGUUUACGUGAGCCAUUUCUUAGGUAAAAAGGAAUUAGCUUUAAGCAUCAGCAGUUGUUGAGUCCUUGAUAAACUUCACUCUCACAGAGCAUCUUUCCAUCCAGGAGUAUUAUUAAUGUAUACCAGCAAACUCUUAGGGAAAUCUGAUGAAUGCAGGGUGACCUGCAAGGGAUUGACGUUCCUUUGAAUGAAGGAGCAAUACUCCUGCUCAGUAUGUGCUAUGAA